CUUGGUCACAUGUUAUAAACGCAACUUUUCUGGCUCUGGUGAAGUGUGACUACACAGUGAUUAGCUAUAGUCUUUGAGCUUCCCUUCAUCAAUGGCUGCUUUAACUACAUUAGUCAAGAGAAGAUUUGUGCAGAAUUUCAACCAGUUGCUUAUCAGAGAAAGACUCUUCUCAACCGAGCCCCUUGUUGAUUCUCCAGCUUUUGUUCAGAGAAUUAGAGAUCUCCCCAAAGAUCUUCCUGGAACCAACAUCAAGAAGGAAGUUUCUCAACUGAUUGGAAAAACUCCCCUUGUUUAUCUUAACAAAGUCACUGAAGGUUGUGGAGCCUAUAUUGCUGUCAAACAAGAAAUGAUGCAACCUACUGCAAGCAUCAAAGACAGACCUGCAUUGGCAAUGAUCACAGAUGCAGAAAAGAAAAAUUUAAUCACACCUGGAAAAUCGGUGCUGAUUGAGCCAACAUCCGGAAAUAUGGGAAUCAGUAUGGCAUUUAUGGCAGCCAUGAAAGGGUACAAGAUGAUUUUGACCAUGCCCUCUUAUACCAGCUUGGAAAGAAGGGUCACCAUGAGAGCAUUCGGGGCUGAGCUGAUCCUCACCGAUCCAACGAAAGGGAUGGGAGGAACUGUCAAGAAGGCUUACCAACUUUUGGAAUCCACACCAGGUGCUGUCAUGCUGCAACAAUUUUCAAAUCCCGCCAAUACUCAGAUUCAUUUUGAGACAACUGGUCCCGAGAUAUGGGAGGAUACUCAUGGGAAGGUUGACAUCUUUGUAAUGGGAAUAGGAAGUGGGGGAACUGUAUCUGGUGUUGGACGAUAUCUCAAAUCCCAAAAUCCUGAUGUUAAGAUUUAUGGACUUGAGCCUACUGAAAGCAAUAUACUAAACGGUGGUAAACCAGGGCCUCACCAUAUAACCGGUAAUGGAGUUGGGUUUAAACCGGACAUAUUAGACAUGGAUGUGAUGGAAGAAGUUCUUAUGGUCUCUAGUGAAGACGCAGUCAAUAUGGCUAGGGAGUUGGCACUGAAGGAGGGACUUAUGGUAGGGAUUUCAUCAGGUGCAAAUACAGUUGCAGCACUUCGUCUUGCCAGAAGGCCGGAGAACAAAGGAAAACUUAUUGUGACGAUUCAUCCAAGUUUCGGAGAGCGGUAUUUGUCAUCAGUCUUGUUUGAAGAGCUAAGGAAAGAGGCUGAAAACAUGCAACCAGUUUCUGUUGAUUAGUGGCUAAUACUACCCAAGAUUAGUUCUUCUGUCACAUUUGUUGUAAUGUGUGUGAUUUUGUUAAACUCUUGUAAAUUAAAGCAAUGUUUGCGAAAUAAGUACUAGAAUCAAAUCAAUGUUUAAAGAGAAUCACAUAUAUUAGAAGUUAC